UCUAUCUACUCUGCCAACCGCUCCCUCCUUCGCCCUUUCCUUCUCCCUGCAGUUCCAUUCCCACCGUCGGUCGCCGUCUGGUGCGCUCUUACCACUUUGCAUUUCUGAUCUCGAUUCGGCUUGUCACCAUGGCAGAUUACAACUACGGAGGCUCCGAAGAGGAGAAUGCGGAGUUGAGAAAGAUGGAGGCUGAACUGGUAUGAUCUAUCUUAUCCCUGCUCAAGCUCUAUAAUAUCGUACACCCGGACUGACUGGCCUUGCCACGGCGAUAUAGGUCGACGACCCCGAUAACUUCGAGACCUGGGAACGGCUCGUUCGCGGCGCCGAGGCCCUCGAAGGAGGAAUCAAUCGCAACUCCAACCCCCAGGCUAUAACCACCGUACGAAAUGUUUACGACCGGUUCCUGGCCAAGUUCCCCUUGCUGUUUGGAUACUGGAAGAAGUAUGCCGACUUGGAGUUUUCCAUCACUGGCACGGAAGCAGCAGAUAUGGUCUAUGAACGAGGCGUCGCUAGCAUUUCGCCUUCGGUCGACCUCUGGACCAACUACUGCUCUUUCAAGGCAGAGACUUCCCAUGAUGCUGACAUCAUUCGAGAACUAUUUGAACGAGGUGCGACCAGCGUCGGGCUGGAUUUCCUGGCCCAUCCGUUUUGGGACAAGUACAUUGAGUUUGAGGAGCGAGUUGAAUCUCCUGAAAAGAUCUUUGGCAUUCUAGGCCGAGUGAUCCAUGUCCCCAUGCAUCAGUAUGCCCGAUACUUUGAGCGAUUCAGGCAGCUUGCGCAGACCCGUCCCUUGGUGGAACUGGCUCCUCCGGAGACCCUGUCCCAGUUCCGGGCCGAACUAGACGCUGCCGCAGGAAAUGUGGCCCCAGGCGCAAAGGCCGAUGCGGAAGUCGAACGGGACCUCCGACUGCGUGUCGACGCGUACCACCUUGAAAUCUUCCACAAGACGCAGACUGAAACCACUAAACGGUGGACAUAUGAGUCGGAGAUAAAGCGCCCUUACUUCCAUGUCACCGAGCUGGACGAAGGUCAGCUGGCCAAUUGGAGAAAAUACCUCGACUUUGAGGAGGCCGAGGCCUCUUACUCGCGAACGCAAUUCCUGUACGAGAGAUGUCUCGUGACCUGCGCGCACUACGACGAAUUCUGGCAACGUUAUGCUCGCUGGAUGGCCGCCCAACCCGGCAAGGAAGAGGAAGUGCGCUGCAUCUACCAGCGUGCAAGCUGCCUCUAUGUGCCUAUCGCAAACCCGGCAACUCGCCUGCAGUAUGCUUACUUCGAAGAAAUGUCGGGGCGAGUGGAUGUGGCCAAGGACAUCCAUGAAGCAAUUCUGUUUAACAUUCCCAACCACGUGGAGACGAUUGUGUCUUUGGCCAACAUGUCUCGCCGUCACGGUGGGCUGGAAGCUGCCAUCGAGGUGUAUAAGACCCAGCUGGAUUCGUCGCAGUGCGAUUUGGCCACGAAAGCGGCUCUCGUCGCUGAAUGGGCUCGCCUGUUGUGGAAGAUCAAGGGGUCUGCCGAAGAUGCCCGGCAAGUGUACCAGACCAACCAGCAAUACUACCUGGAUAGCGGAGCUUUCUGGACGAGCUACCUGGUGUUCGAGCUGGAGCAGCCCACCAGCUCUGCUACGGAAACUGUCCAGUAUGAGCGCAUCAAGCAGGUGGUUGAUGACGUCCGUUCCAAGAGCAGCCUGUCUGCCGACGUGGUGAAAGAGCUCGUCCAAACCUACAUGGUCUACCUGCUUGAACGAGGUACCAAGGACGCGGCCAAGGAGUACAUGACUCUGGAUCGUGAGGUCCACGGCCCUGCCUCUGUAGCUCAGACCAAGACCGGCGCCGCGGCAGAGGCUGCUAAGCAGCAGUCUGACGCCGCCAUGGCUGCGGCAACACCUCUGGUGGUCCCAACGACCGCCGCGACCCCCCAACCCAACCCGUAUGCUUACUACCAGGAGACUCCCGUCAACGGCAGCGUGGGUGCCUGAGCUUUGAUGCUUGUGAGUUUCGCCUCCAGCUGAUCUGAUCUGAUCUUUUCUAUGACCGAUGGGGCAUGGGGAUUCUCUAUCCCCUUCCGUUGACCGCUCGAAUCGGCCACUAUCCUCCGUGUAGAACAAUGUUCCUUUUUUCUUCUUUCUUUUUCUGAUUUGCUUAGCGACUCUGCAAUGUCUGGAAGGGAGGUUGCUCGCUACCAUGCUAGUUUGCCUGAUUCUUCGUGACAGCUCUUCUUAAAUGAUAUCAUGCGAUGUUUGGUUGGGUGGACUUUUAUGGGAUUGGACACCGUUUCCCUUGUACUCUAAUGCCUAGGUAGUGCGAAAAAAUUAUAAUCUGCUUUGGCCUGUAUCUGUCGUCACUGUCUAGUUACUAUAUCGUUGCUGUACUUGGCCUUUGUCUUGAUCGAGGCCAAGCGAGACAGGAGUUCACGUGACUGCGCAUCGUGCCGGGUCGCCCGCCGUAGAAAUUCUAGAUUCCGCGGCGACUUGCAUUGUCGGCCAUUUCCUUCA